AUGGGAAUGGAAUGGGCCACCAAGAAUAUCAUCAUCAGCACUUUUAUCCUCAUCAUCAAGUACGGCCGCCGCCACCACCACCGCCUGGAUACCAACCUCCCUAUCCUGUGCAACAACCCUAUCCACCACCACUACAACCACAGCCAUAUCCACCACCAUCGCCUGGAUACCAGCACCCUUAUCCUAUGCCUCCUCCUUAUCCUAUCCCUCCUCCUUAUCCUAUGCCUGCUUAUCCCCCAUACCCACACCCACCCCAAGAACCAGAUCGUCCGCCGGCUCCUAAACCAGAUCCAUGCCCUGUGA